AUGGCCUCCAGUGACUUGACAGUAGGAAUAAUCUUCUUAUCCCAAACCAUAGUUGGAUUCCUGGGGAAUUUCUUUCUUCUUUACCAUUACAUCAAUAUCCAUGUUCUUCUGUACAUGAGUGGCAAGUGCAACUGCAAAAACAGCACUAAAAAAAUUGACUAUGGAUACUGUUCAGGAGCUGUUAGCAGCAGUACUGUACAACCAGUACAUUACUCACUGUUAUUAUCCUAUGAUGUUUUGUGUCUGGUACUCAUGAUCUGGGCCAGAAGCUCCAUGGUUUUCAUCCUGUUAAGGCACAAGCAGCGAGUCCAACACAUUCAUGGAACCAGCCCCUCUCCCAGACCAUCCCCUGAGUCCAGGAUCACCCAGAGUAUCCUUGUCCUAGUGAGCACCUUUGUAUCAUUUUUAACCCUCUCCUCUAUCCUUUCAUUAUAUCUCUCUCUUUCUCAUAAGCCCAGUUGGUGGCUGGUGAACACCUCUGCACUAAUCACUUCUUGUUACCCUACAAUCAGCCCCUUUGUUUUCAUGAGUCAUGAUCCCAGAAUAUCCAGGCUCAACUAUGCCUGCUAG